AUGCCGCUUUGCAGUCCAAGUUACCUCCCAAACAUCUUGAAACAGCAAGAUACUCGCUCUCCCACCCUCACCAGCAACUCCUACGCCGCCACUCCCACCAACCAACACGCCAACAACAACAACAACCACUCCUCCACAAGGAAGGACCUCACACCUCCCUUGGCAGCCAUGACAGCGAGCGCAGACCAUUUCAGAGUACUUUGA